AUGCCGACCAUGAUCUAUCUUCCCCUAGUAUUGGAUUUGAUGGCCCUACUGCAUUCUGCCACGGCUACGUCCCCGUUGUUCGCCGCGUAUACAGAUAUCACCGAAUGCGAAAGCAAAUUGAACGGGUACUAUUCCCGCCAAUUUGGAAAUUCAACCAGCAACAACUUCUGUGCAACGGGAAUGGACGGCGACGUAGUUACUGGUCUCGAGGCGUGGUUCGAUGAGUACCAUGUGUUCGGUCUUCAGAUCUACUUCCCUCACAACGUCACCAGGAUUGUGGGAUCCCAAGUGGGGGUCUCCAAUACAACCGCACUUUCUCAUACACAAGUGAGCAUCACCCAAAAUGACACCAUAAGACAUGUCACGGCCAGCGUCCCCCCUCAAGCUGGCUCCAUACAAGGCAUUGGCGUUGAGCUGUCCAGCGGCCAGAUGUUUCUUGCAGGCAACACGAACAACACAGGGGCGAUGAAUCCCGAUACGCGGGAGUACACAGGUUUGGCGGGGAUCAGUGGGCGCUAUGGCAUGAAUGGCAUUGAGCAGAUCAGCUACUAUCUAAUUGAAUCCCCAGCGAACGGGACCGUGGACUUGGUCCAAUAUUCCAAGCCCCAAACACAAGUCAUGUUCUCUGGACAAAUAUCGCGGUCGCACGUUCAGAGUUAUUCUAAGCAUCAACCUUUGCUGUUCAAAAUGAUUUUAAGCAACGCACCUGUAACCACCCUCGCUAUCAUCACGCUCCUAACCCCCUCGCUCGCAACCAACUUCUCCAACGAUUCCGCCAUCUCUCUCAAUAACCUCCCAAUGUCCAAAUGCGAUCAAAUAGCCUGGUCAACUGCGCACUUCGGCGAAUCGCAAGGAAGCCCCUUCUGUACGCACCAGCUGCGGCACCGCGCUGUGAUCGACUCACUAAAGUUCUGGGCGACCGAUAAUGAGAUUUGGGGUAUGGAUAUGCACUUUACCAAUAACGCUGUUAUGAGCGUUGGUGACAAGAACCACACUGGUGCUCAGGAGAAAAGGUUAUAUUUAAGUCCAGGGGAUACCUCGAUAAUCACUCUAUCGAGCAAUCAGCAUCGGGAGGUCAAUAACAUGGACAAUCUCAAAGGUCUGCGGAUCUGGCUGACAGCAUCUGGAGACAAGAGCCCAAGUCAGACGACAAACUUUACAGUGGGGAAGUUCGACGCUGCAACGGCCAAGAAUUACUCUUUUAUGUCUUAUCCACGGGCAGUGCUCGUAGGUGUUAGUGGGACGGUAGGAGGGAAUGGUGUAGAGAUGGUUAACUGGCAUCUGAGUACACUGAUUUCGACAGAGGAGUUGGUGCUUCCAAGAGUUGCGCUUGUAGAGGAUGAGAAAUAG